AGAGGGGAUUCACACUGAAGAAGUGGAGACUGAGAAUAUUAAGUCAGAGAAAACAGCUUUUUGUCAGAAGCGGAUUUUCUGACGCUGUCAUGAUGUCGCAGUACGCAGCUUUAACCAGCCUGCUUGGCGAUGACCCUUUCCUUGGCCAAGAUCAGCUGCUGUGGCCUCUGCGUCGUGAAGCUUUCUCCUCUCUACAGCAAGACUUCUUCAACCAGAGAAUCAAGCUGGCUAACAGUCUCCUGAGGGAGCUCCAUGAUGGCUGUCAGCUGCAUAAAUUUCCCAAGUUUCCCAUUGUUUCGUCCAGCUUGGCAAGGCUGAGUGAUGAUGAAGAGCAGAGGGUGGAGACGCCAAGAACAGAGCUGCAGAAACACACCCAGCAGGCCAGUGAAGGCAACAGUGAUCUCCUGGUGACGCUAGAUGCUCGUGGUUACUCUCCAAGUGACAUCACUGUGAAAGUGGAAGGGCGAAGCCUGGCGGUGGUGGCCAUGAAGAAGGCGGGAGCAGAGGAGAGCCAGUGCUGCUCCUCCUCCUCCUCGUGCGCCUCCUUUUCUGCCUCAGCAUCGUCCCAGAUGGGCUUCGUGCAAAAGAUCGACUUGCCCGCUCACCUGGAUCUGUCCGGCCUCUCCUGCUCCCUGAUGGACAACGGGCAGCUUCGAAUCCACGCCCCCGUGGCCAAGCAGCCAAUCAGUGAGGAGGGCCAGCUGCCCGUCCGCUUCAGGACAUCGUUGGAGUUUCCCAUCGGAAAGGACAACACGGAGGACGGACACGCAGACUAAUGACGCACAUACUGUCUUAGACGUCUGCUGCCGGUGAAUACGCGUUUAUAUGAACACACACUCAAAGACUUCCACUGACCGUUUACAGGAGUUACAUUAAAUUUUAAUUUAUUUUGUUAUAUUUGAAGUUUGUAUAACGUGUUUAAAUAAAGAACUAAAUGAAAAAGAAUUUAAUUCAUGAAUAG